CUUUGAAUUAAAAAUGACAUGGGUGUAAAAUAAAGCAAAAUGUUUAUUUAUUUGAGUAAAAAGAUUGCCAUACCAAACAAUACAAAAAUAAACGCUCUAGCAUGGAAUAAAGAGGAUGGUUAUAUUGCGGUAGGUGGUGAAGAUGGUUUAUUGAAAGUAUUGAAGCUAGACGCAGGCACUGAAAAUGACUCGGGGGCCAAAAUCAGAGGUCUUGCAGCUGCAAGUAAUUUAUCGAUGAAUCAAACUUUAGAAGGGCACACAGAAAGCAUACAAGUGUUAGUAUGGAAUGAAUCGCACAAAAAGUUAACGACUAGCGAUUUAAAUGGCGUUAUUAUUGUCUGGAUGAUGUACAAGGGUGCGUGGUAUGAAGAAAUGAUUAAUAACAGGAAGAAAUCCACUGUGGUUGGUAUGGCUUGGAGUGCUGACGGACAAAAAAUUUGUAUUAUAUACGAGGAUGGGGCAAUUAUUGUUGGUUGUGUUGGGGGGAACCGAAUUUGGGGAAAAGAGUUAAAACACGUUCAGUUGUCAGGUGUUCAAUGGUCUCCAGAUGGAAAGUUACUGUUGUUUAGCCUAAAGAAUGGACAGGUUCAUUUGUAUGAUAACCAGGGAAAUUUUGUUAUGAAAAUCGAAAUUCUCUCUCACGACACCACAUAUGAUUUAUCCCCGGUGGUUGGUUUGGAUUGGUACGACGGCCUUCAUGGUUACAUGCAUGCUUUAUGUCCGAAUCUGUCGAUUUGCUAUGCUAACGGUAGGGCGCAAAUAAUGCGAAACGAAAGUGACGUUGAACCCAUCAUUUUGGACACCAAAAUGACCGCUGUACAUUGCAGCUGGAACCAUAACGGCUCUAUAUUGUCUAUAACCGGUAGACAGCAUUGUGAUGAUAAGGAAGUAAACUUGGUCCAGUUUUACAGCCCUUUUGGAGAUCAUUUAAGGACUUUAAAAGUCCCUGGAAGCAGUAUUUCUUGUUGCGUUUGGGAAGGAGGUUCUUUACGGGUGGCUUUGGCCGUAGAUUCGUUUGUAUAUUUCGCAAAUAUACGCCCAGAUUAUAAAUGGUGUUAUUUCAAGAAAACCGUUGUUUUUACAUCUUGUAGACCUGGGAAGCCUGGAAUAUGCAUUUCUUUUUGGGAUACAAGCAAUAACCAGUGCCAAACUCGCUAUGUGUCAGUUCUGCUGGCUGUGGCUGGUUGUGGAGACCACUGCGUGGUUGUAACCCUGGCCGAAAACAACGAUUCGUACUAUUUGAUACUGUACAACACGCUGGGUACUCCAGUGGAUGGCAAGUACAUCGACAUAGAACCCAUUGUGGUCGGUAUGAAUUCCUAUCAAGUGAUAGCGGCAUCGAAAAACAACUUCGUAAUAUGGCAUUACAAAACACCGAAAUCCACUUUGUCGAGCGCUAAAGGUAAAUACAAGAUGUUUCAUAUCGAUGACAAUCCUUCUGGCGCAGUCGAAAUUAUACAGGAGUUGGAAAAUGCCAGUAAAAUUCCUGUCAGCACGCACACAACACCCGAUCCGAUAUGUUGCCUAACUUGCUCUGAAAAAUGCCUGGCCAUAGGCAGAGAAUCUGGAUUAAUACAGUACUAUGCUUUACCCCACGUGGUGCUCACAAAUAGAUACAAAAUUCCCACAAGACCGCAUAAAAUGUCCAUAAACUGCAACUCGACGCGCUUAUCUGUCAUAGAUAUGUCCGGAGUUAUGACACUAAUCGACAUAUCUGAGGGUUUGGGGAGACCCACUACAGCUCAGGAAAACAUAAACAAGCUUGAAAGAAAGGAUGUGUGGGCGAUGUGCUGGGCCUCUGAUAAUCCGCAGCUAUUGGCAAUCAUGGAAAAAACCAGGAUGUAUAUAUUCAAAGGUAUCUACCCUGAGGAGCCCGUAGCUUGUUCCGGCUACAUUUGCAGCUUCAACGACCUCGAAAUCCAAGCUGUAUUACUCGACGAAGUUAUGGAAAGCCCGGAAAGACCCGACAAAGAUCACCUGAUAAGGCUCGAAGUUAAAAGUCUCAGAGAUACGAGGCAGCUAUUGGAAAAAGUGGGCAUUCCAGAAGCUUCGCAGUUCGUCGAAGACAACAGGCAUCCGAGAUUGUGGCGCUUGAUAGCCGAAGCCGCCUUGAAGGACAUGAAUUUAACGAUGGCCGAAUCGGCUUUCGUUAGAUCGCGGGAUUACUCCAAAGUAUUGUUCGUUAAAAAAUUGAAGGAGAUCAGCAACGAUGCCAUAAGGAAAGCCAGAAUCGCAACGUACUUCAAAAACUUCGACGAAGCCGAAAAAAUCUACAUGGAAGCUGAUAGAAGCGAUCUGGCCCUGAAUUUGCGGCAAACUUUGGGUGAUUGGUUCAGGGUUAUACAGAUACUCAAGAACGGCGCCACAGCUCCAGAUUAUUUGCUAACCACUGCCUACAACUCUACGGCGGACUAUUUUGCGCAGUUCAACAAUUGGUCCUCGGCCAUCGAGUAUUAUGUUAAGGCUAAAAACACAGCCAAAAUGGUGGAGUGCUACUAUCACUUGGAGGACUACAAAAGUCUCGAGGCCUUGAUUGAACAACUUCCCGAUGGGGAUCCUUUGUUGGAGAAAAUUGGGGAUAUGUUCGCCGCCAAUGCUGUACACAACGAAGCCGUUAAAGCCUACGUUAAACAUGGGAAAAUGAAGUCGGCUAUUGACAUAUGCAUUCUACACAACAGGUGGAAUACGGCUAUAGAUUUAGCGAAGAAAAAUAAUAUAACAAAAAUAUCCGACUUGUUAAUGAAGUAUACAUCGCAUUUGAUAGAGCAAGGGCAGGUUAUGAAGGCCGUGGAAAUCAAUGUACAGGGGAAAUAUUACUAUCAAGCUGCUCAACAAGUUUUUCAAUUAGCUGAAAUAGAGGCCAAAAAACCCAGCAAAAACUUGAUUAAAAUCAAGAAAUAUUACGUGUAUGGCGCAAGGCUUUUGGAUAUGCAGAAAAAAAACCCAAGCGCAGGAGACUGGAUUUCGGACCCAACAUUGUUUGAAAAUGCUUGGAAAGGUGCCGAAGCUUACCACUACUAUAUGUUGGCACAAUUUCAGCUAUACAAAGGCAAAAUACAUGAUGCUCUAUGCACCGCCGUUAAACUACAGGAUUUCUUGGAAUUCCUGCCGGAAAAUGAUGUUUAUUCCCUAUUGGCCCUCACUGCAUGUCUGGACAGAUCUUUUGCGUUGUGCUCAAAAGCGUUCCUCAAGUUAAAAAAUAUCAAAGAACUCCCCCAAAACGAUUUGAGCCACUUGAACCGCCUCUCCUGGGAUAUUUUCCGUAAAAACGAGCCAAUCAACGUGAAGAAAAAACUGGUCUCUUGCGGCAAUUGCAAGAGCAACAUCCAGGAUUUUAACACUAGUUGUCCAAGUUGCAACAUUCAUUUUCCUACAUGUGUCGUGUCGGGGAAUUCCAUUGUCGAAUUCGCACCAGAAUGGUUUUGCAAGGUUUGCCACCAUCCAGCUGCCGAAGGCAAAAUGAGCUUCAGGCAAUUUUGCCCUUUAUGUCACUCAAAGAGCGAGAGGCCGUCUAUGGCCUAAGUUGUUGUUAAUGUUAGUGUUAGUUACUAAACUCCG